AAUAAAACAAACUAUAAAACGUGCAGUAUUCAGUAUACGAUUCGAAUGAAUUAUCAAAAUUAAAGAAUUAAAGAAUAAAUAUAUAUGAAAAUGUCGAAUACGGAAAAAACUAAUGUAGCUGAAUGGAUUCCUAAAGUGACCCCUAAAAUUGAUCAAGCUGAUUACAGUUUUCUCUAUGAAGAGAAUACUCAUGAAACUCCCUAUGAAAAGUUAGUUCGCAAGUGUAAAGAAACUCCAACAGUACCAAUUGGUAUUUUGGCAACGAUAGGAGCACUGACAUACGGUGUUAUUCAAUUAAAAAGAGGCAAUAGUCGACAGCAACAAUAUGCUAUGCGUGCUAGAGUUACUUUCCAAGGAUUCACGCUUCUUGCUAUUGUAUAUAGUAUGUAUAUUCAAGGUAAAAAAUCAUUGAACAAAGUGAAUGAAAGGAAAUCUUAAAAAUAUUCAUGCCGAUUUUGAUAAUUAACGAAAAAUAGUUGUAUAUAUAAAUAGGUCAUUAAGCCGUUUUAUUAAUUUUUAUGAUCUUUAUUAUACAAAACAACUUGAUAAAAGUUUACGUUUGUAUGUGAAUAAAAAUAAGAACUAGAAACUGUAAAAUAGAAAUCAUUUUACUGAACACUAAAUAAUAUAUAAGAAAAUCUAUUUUCGAAAAUCAAUCAAAUGAAAAUCAACAGAGUAUAUAUUUUCUAAUUGGGUUUAUUGAUAUUUAUUUCGUAUCAUAAAUCACAAUAAAUUGAAUUUCAAAUAAAUUUUCAAAAAAAAGAGUAUGAAUAUUCGCAUAAUAUUGACACUUUAUAAAUUGUAUCAUUCUAAGCAAAGUUUUACAUAUAUUAUCGCUGAGAAAUACAUUAAAUUGUGUCUGUAUCAUAAACUCAA